AUGAGACUUCACAUCAUCCUUACGCUAUGCAUAGCUUCAUUUGCGUCAGCAAAUAAAGCUCGCUCUGAAGAGACAGCAAUGGAAACAACAGACAUGGAGGCUCAGUCUAUGGAUGUCACCAUGAGUGGAGAAGAGAUGGACGAAUCUAUGGAUGGAUCAUCCAUGGAAAACUCAGCAGCGGCAUUAUCUCCGGCAGAUCAACCUAUGGCUAAAUCCGCUAGCGAGAGUUCAUCAAUGGCAAAAGCGCCGAUGGAGGGCUCAAUGUAUGCAUCUCCUAUGGAGAAACCAGGAAUGAUGAAACCGCCCAUGGAAGGCGGUAAGGACAAAAGCAUGAUGGAAAAGCCACCGAUGGCAAAAAGCACCAUGGACCAUAGUAAUGCAGGAGGCGCCGAUGUUAUUAUUAUUUGGAUUAGCAAUGGAGGCAAUGAUAAGGUAAAAAAUAUUAAAGAAGCUAUGCCAGCUCCCAAUCCAGUCACACACAAGGUUGUUGUAGGAGGAAGUUCUGGACUAGUUUUCACUCCUGAUCAGGUAAAAGCCGAUGUGGGAGACAUGGUCGUGUUUCAGUUCAUGUCGAAUAAUCACACUGCAACGCAGUCAGCUUUUUCUAGCCCUUGCGAGCCUCUUGCGAAUGGAAUGGACUCCGGCUUUAUGCCCAAUGUCAACAAUACAAAAUCUCCAGCACCAGAAAUGGCUGUUCAGGUUACUGUCACUACUCCACUUUGGUUUUACUGUAAACAAACUGCCCAUUGCGGAAAGGGCAUGACAUUCUCGAUUAAUCCAGGAGCCGAAGGUUCAGGUAAAACCCAACUUGACUUCAAGGAGUUGGCUAUCAAAUCAAGUAACAAAGGAGCUCCUCCUCCUAUUGUCGGCGGUGCUGCUCCAAAAAUGACACCUCCACCUCCGAAUAUGCCUCCCUCGAACAUGCCUCCUUCAAAAAUGCCUCCUCCAUCCGACAUGUCACCUAUGAAGCCGCCCCCUCCUCCUCAGAUGGCUACCGGAAGUGGCAACAUGGCUGGUGGUGUAUGCUCUUGCAGUUGUCUUUGUGGAGUUAGCUCCUUUCCUAAUAUGGCAAAUCAAGGUAUUGGGAGCUACGGUGGAAUGCCAGGUGGAAUUCCUAUGGGAAUGAUGAAGACUUCGUGA